CAAAACUCUCUCUCUCCCUCCCUCUCUCUCUCUCUCUCACUCAUCCCUCCUGCAACAAAUAACAACUCCCUAUCUCUCUCACACACCUACUCAUCAAUUCAUCUCUCUCUCUCAAAAUGUCAAACCCUCCCCUCAAGUCCGUAACCCUAACCCACGUCCGCUAUCAAAAGGGCGACCAGCUCGGCCACUUCCUAGCCUGGAUCUCCCUCGUCCCCGUCUUCAUCUCCCUCGGCGGCUUCACCGCCCACUUCAUGUUCCGCCGCGAGCUCCAACCCAUGUUCUUCGCCCUCGGCCUCGUCAUCUCCCAACUCAUCAACGAAUUCAUAAAACAAUCCGUCCAACAGGCCCGCCCUCUCGAAAUCUGCUCCAUCCUCGAGACCUGCGACUCCCACGGCUGGCCCUCCAGCCACUCCCAGUACAUGUUCUUCUUCGCCACCUACUUCACCCUCCUCACCUAUUUCAGAAUCGGAGUCCUCGGGAGGAACCAGAUGGCGGUAGCGGGCUUGGUGGUCUGGCCGCUGGCUCUGUUGACCAUGUAUUCUAGGGUUUACUUGGGGUACCACACGGUUGCGCAGGUAUUCGCCGGGGCCGGGCUUGGGCUUGUGGUCGGGGCUGCGUGGUUUUGGGUGGUGAAUUCGGUGCUGAGGGCUUACUUUCCUGCGAUCGAAGAGAGCGCGUUUGGGAGGUUGUUUUACAUCAAGGAUACAUCGCAUAUACCCAAUGUGUUGAAGUUUGAGUACGAGAACGCGAGGGCUGCAAGGAAGCACGUGUCUUACAAGAGGUCUGAUUGAUGAGCCUCGAAUCGAUGGGAGCAUUUGAGCUUGGAUAGUGGGUACACUUGAGAUAGAAGCAUCAAGUAACUUGGUGGUGCAUGAUCAUGGCGGCACCAAGAUUGAAAUGUAGGGAAAAAAAUAGAGGACUAUGACCUGGUCGGUGACAGCCUUUUCUUCCAGGUUCUGUUUAAUUGGGAAGAAAAAGAUGAUGAAAUGUGAAAAUGCUAGAAAGUGAAGGGAAACAAAGGUAAAGACGAAUAUUUUUCUUGCAUGCAUUUAACUUGGAUGAUAGUAGUAAAAUUUUGAACCUAUAAGUUUGGAUAGCAAUGAAGUUACAGGAAAAAUAGGUGUUUGUCUAAGGUAAACUCACAUUUUUCAGCAAACUAACUUGCUUAGGGUAAGUUGUAGGGAUAGGGCUAAAUUUGCAAUUUAAAUACUAGAUAACGGUUUUCGUGAGUGGAUUGUUUGAAAAUUCAUAUUUUCUUGUGUAAUUUUGCAUGAAUCAGAAAGAGCAACUUUACAUGCAUAAGUGGAUUUUACAGAUUUUUUUCGUUUCUUGCACUUGUUAUCUUCUUGUUGGUUAUAGCAGAAACAAAAUCUUAAUUUUUGCUUUGAAACUGUUGUAUCGUAACAAGUAUUAGUUCACACAUCAUGAUAUGAUUCCUUGAAAAUGAUAAGGGGUGCCUUUGGACUUAAUGAAGGACAUUGUAAGUUUGGUUAAUACUUCAUACAAAAUAUUAUAC